AUGAAGCUAUCAAAUGGUGAUUGGGCGGGUACGGGUUUGGGGAGAUUGGGGAUUGGCAAGAUUGCAAAUGCCGGCAGCGUUGAUGAUCGAGUGAAGGGUGAGACAAGUGGAGAGAGGGUGUCUCAAGCAGUACACGAUGCGAGUCAUGCUCCCCACGACAUCAGUUAUGACCGGCUGUGGCUGGGAGCAGCCGCGAAGGUGCGUGUCCUGAAGGAGGCCAAGGAGGCAUGGGAGAAGGCCUGGAAGGGAUCAAAGGUCGCACGACCAUGA